GCAAGUGUCCUAGAAAGCAAUGACAGGAACAACAAACAAGGCCUUGCUCUGCUUUUGCCUCUUGAUGCUAAUUGCCUUGUCAUCAUCAGCAAGAGAGCUGUCACCACUGCGCGAGGGAGACGACGAUCCUGGAGACACCAAGACAAAAUGGAAGUGCUUCCGACUGUGGGACAACUAUUGUGUGAAGAACAAGAGAUGUGUGAACAAGUGCCAGGGCGCCGAUGGAAAGGGCUACCAUCACGGACACUGCGAGUUGUGGACAUGUGUUUGUUGCAAGAAGAAAGGCGAGGAUAAUAAUGAAGUAGUAGCUCCUAGCAACGCGCAGCUAGGCCCGAGCACAAUUACGCAGUAGUAUGAAACAAACAAAGCGUUAGGGGAGCUCAAAUGGUUUUCGUGCGCAUUUCACUGUAUUGUGUGAUUGGGUAAACUUUUGAUGUUACUGAUUGAUUGAAACAAUAAGACGUACCUUUACGCA